ACAGUAUAUCUCCCUAUAUCUUACACACUGGACCUAAUUAUAUUUUCCCGAAAAUAUUACAGUCUCAGUUGUCCUGAUGCAAUAAUCCACUUAAAAACAAAUGAUUUAUUUGAAAUUGCCAAUUGACUGACUGAUAGUUUAUGUGCCAGGUGCUGCCAAGUUUCCAUUCUAUAUCAGUCAUUAGUUGGACAUUUGCACCUUUAAAGGUGUUUAAUGUCGUUUGAUAACCUCUCCCUUUAAGAGGGGGCAAAGACUAAAGAUAAUUACAUAAAGUCAAACCCUGUUUUAUGAUCCCUCAGCUGAGAGGUUAAAGUCAACACAUUGGUGAUCCAAGACACAAAAGCAAGUCUUACUGUUAAGCUGAUGCCUCACAGUUUAGACAGAACCACGCAGACGUUCACAGAGCUGUUUGGUGGAAAUCAUAGGGUUGACAGAAAAAUUUACAUUUAAUCCGAAAGAGGGAAUAGACAACCCAGUGAUGGUGAUCACAGAAGACUUUGUGUCGACGCCCAGCCCUCGUUUGUGUGUCCUUAAACGGGAGGAAGGGGAGUCCUAUGCCUUCCAUCUGCGGGUGGAGAGGGGGUGCCAGGGUCAUGUAAUCAGAAAUGUAGUGUCAGGAGGCAUAGCGGCGUGCAGUGGCCUUAAAGAUGGAGACAGGCUUCUGGGAGUCAACAACUGCUAUGUUGAUGAUGUCCCUCACCCUGAGGUGGCUAAGAUGAUAAAGCAAAGUGGACACCAGUUAUGUUUAUUAGUGUUGGAUGGUGAGGAGUAUGAGCAGGCCAUGUCCCGAGGUCAAGACCUCCGAGGUCUGGCCAGAGGGAAGGGCUGCAAACCACCCAGACUCUGCCACAUUACCAGGGAUCCUGUCUCAGGUCUGGGCAUCAACUUCACACCCAUAGAAGGAGGGAAAGGUCGCUUCUCUGUGAACCUGGUUAAAGGAGGUGCGGCUGAAAAGGCCGGGGUGUGUAAGGGAGAUCACCUGGUGUGGAUGAAUGGUGCAGCAGUGUCCAAUCUCACACACUCUGCACUCAGCAGAAUGAUGAAAAAAUGUGGCGAUCACAUCACCAUCCUGGUGAUUGACAGUGAAAGUGAGAAGAACUACAUGCAACAAAGGAUGCCCAUCCUGCCCGCCAUGGCUGUUCCACAUAACCUGCCUUACAGAGCCAAAAAACUGCACCUGGUGUCUGGGCCUGAGGGCUACGGCUUCCUCCUUCGACUGGAGAAGGCGCCAUCAGGACGCACAUUUCAUGUUCUGCGUGAGAUGGACAGAGGCAGUCCAGCAGAGAGGGCAGGUAUGAAGGACGGAGAGCUGCUGCUGGAGGUCAACGGGGAGUCUGUGGAGUCACUGAAGCAUGAGGAGAUUGUGGACAGAGUGAGACUGAGUGGACGACAGAUCUCCUUCACCACCAUCACUCAGCAGGGGCUGGAGUUUUACACCCGGUUGGGUCUAUCCCCUCUUCUAUUCUGUGAGGAUGGUUCUGUUGAGAGAGAAAAGGAGAGCAGCAUAUCAGCCUCUGCAACAGAGCAGUCACCACAAAAGGAAAUGGAUGGCUCCUGCAAGCCCAGACGCUGCUCUCUCCAAAAAGGCCCUUUGGGAUUUGGCUUUAACCUGGGCUGCAUCCCACAGUGUUCUGGGACCUUCAUCAGCCAGGUGGCUUUUGGAGGCCCUGGGCAGAGUGCAGGGCUACGUGUGGGUGAUGUGGUGAUGGAAGUCAAUGGACAAAAUGUGGAGGAGAAGUACCUGGAGGAUGUGAUUUUGCUUGUGAAGGAAGGAGGACAUUAUCUUUCCUUACUAGUCAUGGAUAAGACUGGCUACAACAAGCUGAAGCAGCAUGACACACCUACUAGAGAUAUCUCUGACAGUGAGCAGGAGGAAGAUGGUUAUGAGAUAUCGUCUUUGUGAGCGGCAAAGACACUCAAACAAUACUGAAAACAUUCCUCCCCCGUCCUAACUACUGAAGAGACUUCAAACUGAGCUGAACAAGACAAACUUGCCUGUUCGUAUUAUCUUAUGGGACAGUAUUGCCUUAAUCUAGUCCUGGGGUUUCACAAAGGAUCCAAAACAUCAGAUAACAUAAGCUAAUAAUGAAACUGGAACAGUGUCAGCUGUAUAAAUGACAAAGAAAUGUUGUAAUAUGUGUUUGUGUAUGAUAUAAAAACGUAUUUUGGUAUCGUGUUAUACAUGUCAUGAUGUCGAACAUUUAGCCAACGACAAUAUGAUCUCUAUCAGAUUAAAUACAGAAUCAAUAAAAUUGUCAGCGUCUGAAAGAACCAUAAUUUCACAUUGUACUGAUAUGAAAAGAAACCUGUGGUGUUGAUUAUCAGCAGUGAUGUAAAGUACUGGGGAUAAUGAAAAGAAAUGGCCCUAUGUUAUUUAAAAAUGUUAAUUAAAUUGUUUAAGGUGGAGGUCAAAGUUCACGUACAUGUGGUUUACGCAGGCAUGUGCAGAUUGGCAGGCUGAGCAGCAGAGUUUCGAUGGUGAUUAUCAGUUGUGUGACUGAUUACUCGGAUCUUUAUAGUAUCAGAGUUACACAACGUGACAUUCAAAUCAUGCAUUAGUAAUGUGACAUAAGUUAAAUUGUGGUCGUGACUGCUUUCACUGUACAGUUUUUGAGAAAUUAAAAAAGUUAAGUGAA